AGCUGAUCGCCUUCCGCGCCGUGCAGGGGGUUGCCGGGUCUGGUAGGGUUCUUCUGCCUUUUCUUUUUGUCUCCCAGUUGGGAAAUUCGCACGUGUGUGGUGUGUACGACGUUUUGGCAUGCUUAUCGUCAUGUGAGCAGGCCUGUACAGCGUGUCCAUGAUCAUCCUGCCGGAGAUCACGCCGGACCACCAGAAAAAGUACAUUGCCGGGAUCGUCGGCCUUGUGCUUGCGUCGGCCGGCGUGUUGGGGCCAGUGCUGGGCGGCAUCCUGACGAAUUAUGCGAGCUGGCGAUGGGUAUUCUGGAUCAAGUCAGUGACCCUCGCUGAAACUUUGUUUCCCCCGUGUCUCACCCAUCACACUGACACCACCGCCAGCGGGCCCAUCGGCGGUUUCUCGCUGCUCGUCUUCCUCCUCGCCUGGCCAGACAAGAAGUACCUCCCGUCUCUCGAGCGGCGCUCCUGGAAAGACGUCGACUUUGUCGGCGCCUUCCUCCUAAUCGCCUCCGUCGUACUGAUCGUCUUCCCCUUCCAAAACGCCACCAACACACCAACCACCACCGCCACCAGCCCCUGGGCCACCGCCACCUUCCUAGCCCCGCUACUGACCGGCCUGCUCUCGCUGGGUCUCCUGGCGCUGUGGCAAGCGGCCCUCGCGCCGCGGCUGCACAAGCAGCACAACGCGCGCCUCGCGCUGGCCCUGCCCCCCGCGCUGCUGCGCAACCGCGUCUACGCCGCCGCCGCCCUGCACACCCUCCUGACCGGCUUCCCCUACCUGCUCUGCGUCUUCGCCUUCCCCGUCCGCUUCCAGGUCGUCUACGGCCGCAGCGCGCUGCAGGCGGGCCUCAUGCUGCUCCCCAUGCUGGCCGGCACCGCGGUCGGGACCGUGCUGGCCGGCGCGGUCAACGGCGGCAGGGGGAAGGUCAGGUUCCUGGAGACGCUGCUGGUUGCGGCCGCGCUGAUGUUGCUUGGCUGCGGGCUGGAGACGACCGCCGAGGUUGGGGAUGGGGCCGUUGAGCCGAGGGUGUUGGGGUUUUUGGUGUUUGUCGGGUUGGGGUUUGGCUUGUCGGCUGCUGGGGGGACGAUGUUGGCUGGGGCGGAGGCGCCGGUUUGGGAGCAUGCAUCCGCGCAGGGCAUCAUGGCGCAGGUGCGCAUCUUCGGCGGCAGCAUCGGCAUUGCGGCGUCGUCGGCCAUCCUGGGCACCAAGACCCGCGCCGCAUUGGCCGAAGCGGACGUGCCCGCCUCGGCGCUGGCGCAGCUGGCGGCGUCGGAUCCGUCCGGCCUGACGCCCGAGCAGUGGACGCUCGUCCGCACCGUGUACACGGACGCGCUGCGGGAGGACAUGAUUGUGUGCUGCGCCGUGCUCGCGGCCGCGAUGCUGUUUACCCUGGGCGUCUACCGGCGCGGCAGGGUGUCGAUGCAGGAGAUGCUGAAGCAGCGGUAUCGCGAGGAGGCCGAGCGGCGGAGGGAUGCGGCGGGUGCGGCGGCCCGCAAGCCUGCGGAAGUCGCGGCAUCAGGGGAGUCCGCGUGAAGUGGUCCGGGCCUCCGUGGAGGAGAAAAAUGGAAAGUUGGAUUGAUGCAUAACCGGCCUGUUUUGGAUCAAUCAUGUCAUGUGCGGGGACCGGCGUUCUUGGAUGUAGACGGGGCCGGUC